UUGAAGGCGGACACGAAUCGGUCGGUCGGUUACCGAGCAACGCCAGCGGGCCGGGACCGCUGGUGCGCAGUGCUGCGGUCGGCCGCCAGGGGGCCGUAAGGCGGGGUCUCGCCGCGUCCGCAAGCCUGAAAGCGGCGAGCGCGCCCCCGGCAAACAUUAGCUCGACGUCGCGUCCCGUUUGAGAGCAAAAUGUCCGCCGGCGCCGGCAACUGGCAGCCUUUCGUCUUCGGCGGCUUGGCUUCAGUGACGGCGGAAUGUGGCACGUUCCCCAUCGACCUCGCCAAGACGCGCCUUCAGGUUCAGGGCCAAGUGGGCGACAGCAAGCACCGAGAGAUCCGCUACCGAGGGACGCUGCACGCCAUCGUCAGGAUAGCGCGAGAGGAGGGCGUCCGGGCGCUCUAUUCCGGGAUCGCCCCCGCCACGCUGCGCCAGGCGUCCUACGGGACCGUCAAGAUCGGCGUGUACCAGAGCCUCAAGAGGCUGCUGGUGGAAAGGCCACAAGAUGAGACGAUGGCGACGAACGUGCUGUGCGGGGUCCUGGCCGGAGUCAUCUCGUCCACGAUCGCCAACCCCACGGAUGUGCUGAAGAUCCGCAUGCAAGCCCAGGGGAGCCUGAUCCAGGGAAGUAUGAUGGGCCACUUCGUCCACAUCUACCAGCAGGAAGGCACCAGGGGACUUUGGAAGGGCGUCUCUCUGACCGCUCAGCGGGCGGCCAUCGUGGUGGGCGUGGAGCUGCCCGUCUACGACAUCACCAAGAAGCACCUGAUCCUGUCUGGGCACAUGGGUGACAACGUGUAUGCGCAUUUCUUGUCCAGCUUCGUUUGCGGCCUGGCGGGGGCGCUGGCCUCCAACCCGGUGGAUGUGGUCCGGACGCGGAUGAUGAACCAGAGGGGGGCCGCUUUGUACCACGGAACCCUGGACUGCGUCCUGCAGGCAACCCGGGCACUGCUGAAUAAUCCUCGAGAGACGAGAAGUCGCCUGCUGUGUACUGGCCUUGUUUUCCAGACGUGGCGCUCGGAGGGUUUGGCGGCCCUCUACAAGGGCUUCAUCCCCAACUGGUUCCGUCUGGGCCCGUGGAACAUCAUCUUCUUCGUCACGUACGAGCAGCUCAGGAAGUUGGAGGUCUGAGAGACGAAGAGCGCUCGAGACCAUCGUCUCGGGUCUCGGCGGCGGUGCUGGGAAGCGCGCGCGCGUGCGCGUGGCUCCGGGUUUCCUCGUGAAGACGGCCGGGACCUUUGCGCGUACUUGAAUCCCAAGUUUCGUUGCGAUCGGCGUGGCUUUUGCGUUUGCUUUUGCUUUUGCUACGAGGCCGUCGAGUGCCUUCAAGUUUGCCCACCGAGGAUGUCGCAGAGCGGCCGACAAUCACGGCGUCGUUCCCGUCUCAAAGGGCGAGUCGCUUGCGGUUUUUUUUUUUUUUUAACUCCAAAUUGAGAGUAAAAACCAAGGAGUCGCUGCUAUAUGUUGUAAUAAGUUAUUUAAAAGUUGGCGCAAAUGUGAAAGAUUUGCUGAGCGAGCUGACCUUGCAUAUUUUCAUGUCCAUGUCUUCAUUUCAUCGCUUUCUUGACUUUCGGUUUAACCGCUACUUUGCGCUCCGGUUCCGGUCCAGUUCAACAGUUUUGCGCUUCCGCUGAGCGAAAGCUUUCUGCUUCCCGGCUUUUCGGGCCAAUGUGAAUUAUGUUCCUUUUUAAUGUGGCCGUCAAUGUGAAAUAAAAAGAGCGCUCAUCA